CCUCCAGUUGAACCAGCACCAUUUGUUGAAAAUGCUAUCUUUCUUCCAUUGGAUGGUUUUAGCUCCUUUUUCAAAGAUCAAGUUACUAUAGGUGUGUGGGUUCAUUUCUGGGUCUUCAAUUCUGUUUUACUGAUCUAUCUGCCUGUCUCUGUACAAAUACCUUACAGUUUUUUAUGACUAUUGCUCUGUAAUACUGUUUGAAGUCAGGGAUGGUGAUUCUCCCAGAAGUUCUUUUAUUGUUGAGUUUAGUUUUUGCUAUCCUGGGUUUUUUGUUAUUCCAAAUGAGUUUGCAAAUUGCUUUUUUUAUCUCCAUAAAGAAUUGAGUAGGAAUUUUGGUUGGGAUUCAUUGAACCUGUAGAUUGCUUUUGGCAAAAUGGCUAUCUUUACUAUAUUAAUCCUGCCAAUCCAUGAGUGUGGAAGAUCUUUCUAUCUUCUGAGAUCUUGCUCAAUUUCUUUCUUCAGAGACUUAAAUUUCUUGUCAUACUGAUCUUUCACUUGCUUGGUUAAAGUCACACCAAAUAUUUUAUAUUAUUUGGGACUAUUGUGAAGGGUGUCAUUUCCUUAAUUUCUUUCUCAGCCUGUUUAUCCUUUGAGUAGAGGAAGGCUACUGAUUUGUUUGAGUUAAUUUUAUGCCCCGACACUUUGCUGAAGUUGUUUAUCAGGUUAAGUAGUUGUCUGGUGGAACUUUUGGGGUCACUUAAGUACACUAUUAUAUCAUCUGCAAAUAGUGAUAUUUUGAUUUCUUCCCUUCCAAUUUCUCUGUCUGAUUGCUCUGGAUAGGACUUUGAGUACUAUAUUGAAUAAGUAGGGAGAGAAUGGGCAGCCUUGUCUAGUCCCUGAUUUUAGUGGGAUUGCUUUAAGUUUCUCUCCAUUUUGUGCCAUCUCAGCAGCCACCAGAGAAUAUUUUUAUUAGUAAUAACUAAUUGUAAUAAUUUAUUUUAAGAAAUUUUAACUAUUUUAUAAUCUAACUAAAUGUUUUUCUUAAAAGCAUCAGACUAUUUUUGGAGGGAUGGGGAAUACGUAUAUAAACUGCCCUUGCCUGGGACUUGUUAUGUAGAUCAAACUGGUCUAGAACUAAGAUCCCUUUGCAUCUGCAUUCUGAAUGCUGAGCUUAAUGUAAAAAGAUAUAAGCUAGAGAGAUAGCUCAGCAGGUAAGAAUACUGUCUGGUCUUCCAAGAAAUCUGUUGAAUUUCUAGUAUCCACAUGGCUACUUAGAACUCUCUAUGACUCCAGUCUACCGGUACUCCAACCUCUUCUCUAGAAAGCUUGAGUUACAGAGACAUAUAUAAUGACAAAAUAUCCAUGCACUCAAAGUCACUAAAGUUUAAUGAUAAAUGGCAGGAUUCACUACACUGGGCCCCUUGUACAGCCCAAUCACUCAAACUGGAAAGAAGUUGCAUAACCAUAUAUAAAUGCUUAAACAAAGACAUAAACAUGUGAUAGUUUAAUGAAACCUAAAUUCCAAUCAGUGAUGGAGAUUUCUCAGCAUUGCCUGUGUUGGAGCAGCAUGAGAAAUGACAGGGCAAUAUAGAUGGUCAGGGUAGGGAUGAAUUUUGUUGCUGCCCAUGACCUGCUAGAUAUACAUAGUCAUAGCCAGAUGUAGAAAGAGAAGUCACCAGGUUUUGAAGCCACAAUGGAAGAGAAGCCAGGACAAAUAUUGGAUGGCUCAGUACCACGCUAAGGUAUCUGUCUUAUCCUGUAGAUAAAAAGUACAAGAAAGAAAUUCAGAUGAAUUUAUUUAAAUGGUGUCUUACAGAGUAGCUCAUCACACAUUCGAACCAUCUCAGUCCCAAGAGGUUCCAUUACACAGAAUUCUAUCCUCUAGUCCUCUGGUCUUCUGGUCCUCUGGUCCUCUGGUCCUCUCACUGUUUAAGGUGUCACUUUUUAAAAGGUGUAACAGAAGACUGGAUAUCCUAGGAAAUUUAACUCCCAGUGAAAAGCAAAGGAAGACCUGGUCCAAGCUUUUUUUUUUUUUCCGGAGCUGAGGACCGAACCCAGGGCCUUGCGCUCUACCACUGAGCUAAGGCCUCAACCCCAAGGUCCAAGCUCUUUAUGACAGAACUAAAUGAGGAGUUAUGGGCUGGCUGAUUUCCCAUGGAUCCUUUUUAUAUUAAUGUAAGUUUCUCAGAGUAAGUCACCAAUAUUACUUCAUGCAAGGCUGACCAUAGCUGUCUCUUUGUUAACUCCUGGAAAUCCUUUUAUUAGAGGUCCUAGAGGCAACAGGAUCUAGAGUACAUCAAGAAUCACCUGGUACUUGUCUUAAAUAGUUUCCAGAAUGUGACUGCAGAUCCAAGAAAGAUAAUAGAAGACUGAACACAAAGAGGGCUAACUGGACUACUGUGUAUUUAUUCUAAGAAAGAAAUUUCCCUUUAACCUCUGAGAACUGUGCAUCCAGUCGCUGCAACCUCUGCCAUUGCAGCUAUGAAUCUGUCCUUUAUUUUCUUUAUGCCUCACAAUAGACUUAAGGCCAGCACAGCAUGUCUAAGCUGAAUUAGCAACUGUGUGGAGGAAAAUCUGUUGUCAUGUGGCAGGGCACACUCACAGCUUGGGCUUGAUAUUCUAAUGAAAACAUGAACUGAAAUCCCAAGCCUUCAUUAACUCUAGUCCUUCUCUUCUACAUCAGAAAAGUCACCAGAGUUUCCAUGAGCAAGAAUCCAAGAACAAGAGCAGUAACAGUAGUUAUGAUGAGGAUAAUGGGCACAGGAGGCUCUGGGAAGGGAAGGGAAAGGAAAGGAAAGGAGAGGAGAGGAGAGGAGAGGAGAGGAGAGGAGAGGAGAGGAGAGGAGAGGAGAGGAGAGGAGAGGAGAGGAGAGGAAAGAAAGGGAAGGGAAGGGAAGGGAGAGGAGAGGAGAGGAGAGGAGAGGAGAGGAGAGGAGAGGAGAGGAAGGGAAGGGAAGGGAAGGGAAGGGAAGGGAGAGGAGAGGAGAGGAGAGGAGAGGAAAGGAAAGGAAAGGAAAGGAAAGGAAAGGAAAGGAAAGGAAAGGAAAGGAAAGGAAAGGAAAGGGAAUGAAGCAACAGCAAGGCAUCUUACCUCCAGCUCUUAGUGUUGACCCAGAUCCAGUUGUCCCAAAGGACGCCCACUCUCUCUGCAUAGUCUUUGUGCUCACUCACAGUUCUUACCUCAUCUCAGGAUAGCAGACACAUGAAUCCUGUACUUCUGCUCUUCACUAGGAGGCACAACCACAGCUGCCUACUUCUAGAAGUUUUCAUUCCGUUUAUGCCUGAUCUCUACAACUAUGUCCUGGGUUUUCUUUCUCCCAUUCCUCUCCAAGGUCAGGGUGAUUACAGAAGAGUAGAAGUUCAGGGCCUAGAAGCUCAGGAUGAUUUUCCUUUCAGGUCUGGCCUUAUUGAUCACAUGUAUUUUAGGGUAUCCGUGGGAAAUAAUUAAAAACUUAAGGCAUUUUGCAUUCUUCCUGAGGAUUAAAAAUGCUCAUUUCAUUUUUAUUAAUGGAAGAGAUACUUGGAGAGAAGGAGUGGUGCCAACUCAACACAGCAGCCCAAAUUCAGAUAUGGAUGAGAUAAUGUAUUCUUUGGAAUGUUUCAAAGUCAGCAUGAACCAGCACAAAGUAGGGGAUGCUGGAUCUCCCUCUAGAAUUAUGGACUUCUGCUUCUGAGGUGGUGGAGAUGAAAGACUCAGAAACAUUGUGGUCAGACAACAAAGUCAUUGUACAUGGACAGUGAACAGAACAGAGGUCAUGGUUCACAAAACAAAUAGAAAAAAAAAACCCUGCUGCUUAACUGAAAGACUGAACUUUCCUGAGAGAAGACUUGACCCUCUGGAAAGCCCCUCUUAUAUUGAUUCAGGAAACUCACAAAUGCUCUUUCCCCUUGGAUAUAAGACAGAGUUAGUAGUCCAACUGCUCCGUGCUGAAGACAAAACCUCAAGAGACAGGAGCUUUCGUCUCAGAACAGAUGGGGCAGUUUCUAUCCUUAAAUUUCUCAGCAAAAUCUCUUUCCUAUACUCCAGCUCUGUGAGGAGUCAAUCAAUGCAUUGACCCUGCAUGUGUAUCCUUACAGUUUGUGCAUAACUGGACUUCUUCCACAAUUAUCUGAGCAUCUCAGCUCUCUUACCAACUGUGGACCAAGUCUUCAGGACCUCAUGAAGUGUGAUGUAAUCAUGGCCAUUGAAGGCUAAUUCUAAGAGUCCAUGAUUGAAAUAUGCUUGAGGCAACACAUCUGUGGUAGAUCUAAGCUGGGAAAGCAGAGCUCUAGAGAUGUCACUCUCAGGCAUUCACCUUUUCAUUACCCAACACAAACAUUCUCUAUCACUAUUACUCCCUUUGGGAUUUUUUUAAAGAGAAACCAAUCAGCUUCUUCCAUUCAAGAUUAUAAAAUAAACACGCAACACUCUGUCUCUACUCUACAAACAGAAUGAAGACCUUUGUUACUGAGGCUCUCCUGCUGCUGCUCCUAGCAGUGCUGGCCCUGGCCAGCCAUCCAGAAGGUUCACAUCUUUUUGGCCUUUUCCAAACUCUCUUGACCCGGCCUGGACAUUCUGAGCCCCUAUUUAUCAGUGCUGGCUUUAUGGAUAAUAUACAGUUUGAGAGGUUCAACAACAGAUCAGAUUUUCCUGGGAUGGAGCACUGCGCACCAUGGAUAGAUCAUCGGAGUCCAGAGUAUUGGAAGGAGCACACACAGAGGGCCCUGAAAGAUAUUCGGUUUAUGAGACAAGCACUGAAAUUAAUGAUCCACACCUACAACUACAGUGCAACUGGAUAUCACACAAUCCAGAGGAGGAUUGGCUGCCAUGUCUUGCCUAGAGGGUACUUCAGUCAUGGAUUCUUAGAAUUAGCCUUCAAUGGCCAGGAUUACAUCAUGCUGAAUGAAGACCUGAGGACUUGGACCACAGUUGGCAAGGCAGCUGAGAUUCUCAGGAAAGAGUGGGAGAAACACAGUUUUGCACAAGCCAUGAAGAUUUAUUUGGAGGUUUCAUGUGUGGACUCAUUUCUCACAGAGCUGGCUUAUGGGAAGGAGAUUUUGCUGAGAAUAGAUCCCCCUAAAGUACAAGUGAUCCGCAAGGUCAGACUUAACAGGAAAAUUACCCUGAUGUGCUGGGCCCUGAGUUUCUACCCUCCUGAAAUUACCCUGACCUGGCAGAGAGAUGGAUGCAAUCAGAUGCAGGACAUGGAGGUGGUAGAGACCAGGCCUGCAGGGGACGGAACUUUCCAGAAAUGGGCAGCUGUGGUGGUUUCUUCUGGGGAAGAGCAAAGAUACACAUGUCAUGUGAAUCAUAAGGGGCUACCUGAGGUCAUCACCAUGAGGUGGGAGCCUCCUGAGCCUAUCAUCCCAAUUACUACUAUUGUUAUUGCUGUAGUUCUCGGAGCUCUGGUUGUGGGAGCUGUGAUGACUUUUCUGAUAUGGAAGAUGACUAGAGAAAGGAGACCAUGAGGAAUCUCAACUAUCCUGUAACUCUUCAUUUAUUUCUGUCUUCAAAAGUUUGGCGUGGUCUUAAUUUGCUUUCCACGGAGAGGAUAAGAUAGAUGCCUUAAUGUGGUACUGAGCUAUUCAAUAUUUUUUUCUGCUUUCUCCUCCAUCAUGGCUUCAAGACCUUGAGCCUUCUCUUUCUACAUCUAACUGCAAUGGUGUGUUUACUCUGAGCACAAUGUAAGAGGUCCUGGGCAGCAGAAAGCCCCAUCCCCACCCUGAUUUUGUGUAUUCCCCAGCCAUCUCUCAUGCUCCAACACAGGCAAGGCUGGGAAACCUCCAUCCUGAUUGGAAUUAGCUUUCACUGAAUCACAACUCUUUGCUUCUUUUCUUAUAAUUAAGCAUUUGUACAUGGGCGUGAAACUUCUUACCCGAUUGUGUGAUUGAUGUCCUAAAGAUCAGUAAAUAUUGAUGGAGAAAACAAA